GGGGAAACACCCUCAGUCCAAGUUGAGAGUUUCAGUUGGGAGGACAAAUUCAGUAAAGUUCUUAAAAGAAAAUAAGUUUUUCGUAGUUUAUAGUUUUGCACAUCAACCACAUAACAAAUAUCUGCUUCCACGAUGGCAUUCCGUUCGGUGACCACCAUGGAGAAGCCCUUGCAGCACAUCUCGCUGACGGACUGGUAUGCCCGGCUGAAUCAGAUGCGAAAUAUAGCAGAUGCCCGGAGAUCAGAUGCCUUCGCCAUUCGCCACGCAUCCAGAUCCUUGAGGAACGAAACCAGAAUUGAGAGCGUUUGGGCCAAUUAUGAAACCAACGAGGCACUGACGGAUCGGAUAUCCGAGUUGAAUCGUUGGAAGGAUAUCAUUUCCAAGACCUUUGAGAGGAUCGAGCGAGAGAUUGAUAUGCUGCAGGAGGAGAAGAAUGCCACAGAGCGGGAGUUAGAGACGUUGGCGGGUCCCAUUUCGGUGAUAGCUGAAUGCCUGACCAUGAGGGAUGGACGACUUGGCUCCGAGAUCACCUAUGAUGAAGCUGACACCGAAAUCAAGAACGAACUGGCUAUCUUGGAGAACAAUCAGCGACUCCUCGCAGAUCGUUGCCAGAAGGCCUGGGAAAAGCUGACGCGGCUGGAGGAGGUGCGAUUCAAGAUCGGCAUGGAGAUCGAGAACAAGGUGGAGGCAGUGGAGCUGGAUAAGUCUCAGUUGGCCUUGGACCGCAACGCGGCCAAUAUCUCUUACAAACCGGAUCCCACCAGGAAUCCUAAAAACUCCUGCUCUUACGAGACCUGGCUGGAGCAUGUGAAGAACGUGAAGCUCCUGGCGGAGAAUGAGCUGGCGGACACCUAUGCCAUUCGGGAAGCUCUCUUCGUGUGCCGCGAGAAGGCGCGCAACAUGCUGCAGUCUCAGAUGGAACGGGCGGAGCAUACGAUCCGGAAGCGCAUCUUCGAGACCCAGAGAGCCAGGAACGAGUUGGAGUGGCAGCAGACAAAGAUGAAGGAGGAGAUGGAGAGAGCGGUGUGCGAGAUCCGCAACUCGGAGCAAGCCCUCCGUGACAAGGUUGACGCCCUCAAGUUGGCCGAGACGCGUCUAGAAAAUCGCGCCCAGCGAUCCGGCAUGGAGCUGUGCAUGGACCAGGCCCACGAUAUGCUCUGUCUCGAGGUUGAGAAACUGCGCGAGAUCCGCCGCCGAUUGAUGGCCAAGAUUGACGAGAGCAAGACCAACUUCAACUUGUUGGAGGAGCAUGCCAAGCGUAUCGAUGUGGAUCUGGAGAAUAAGCAGCACGCCCUUAUGACAGAUAUUCGGGCCCUGGAUCUGCGUAUGCGGCUCCGUGGCGGCGAGUUCGGCAUCAAGGUGGCCAGUCCAUCUGCGCAGACUGACCGCAACAUUGUGCUUACCCGUAUGGAGAAGGAGAUACCCAAGGAAUAGACUUCAUUUUAUCACUCGUUUUAUAUAUUUCCCUGACGUUCAUUGUGCGUUGCUGCGAUUUUUCCAAAUUUAUGUGAAUAAAAGUAUGUAAUCCCCCUCGGA